AUCAACCAAUCGUCCACUAUCGUUUGCAAUGAAGUUAUCUACCACUUCCGCCGCCGCCAUCCUCGCCUGCCUUGCUACUUCUCUCGCCUCCCCAACCGUUGUUAAGGUUGCCGGUGCUGAGUUGACCCCAAGACACGUUGCUACCAUCAACAACGCUAUUGCCAGCUUAAACGAAUACACCGUCAAGAGAGACCUCACCGUCUCCGCCGAGGAGCUCGCCAAGAGAGACUACCCAAUUGUCACUCAGGUCUUGACCGCCAUUAACUCUACCGGUUUGGCUCCUGGUAUCAUUCAAUACUUCAUUGACGAUCCUCAAUUGAGUCAAAUCGCCACCAACGUUAUUGUUGAUGCCGUUAAGUCUGGUCUCGUUGACCUUCCAACCUUGUUGAAGGCCUUGAACGACUCCGGUUUGGCUGUUCAAGUUAUCAAGGACCUUAUCAGUGACUGUCAAUUCUACGCUGAAAUCUACAAGCUUGUCCUUCAACAAAUUGGUAACUUAGGUGAACUUAUCUCCUCGAUCUUGAAGGGUUUGAACCCAUUCAACAAGAGAGAAAUGGAAGAGUACGAACAACUCAUGGCCAUGUCUAAGAGAUCUUACGAGACUCACGAACAAUUUGCCAAGAGAGCUUCCUCUGCUGCUCCAGCUCCAACUUCUGGUUUCAACGAACAAGAAAUCCUUACCAACUUGAUGGACUCCUUGAAGAAGUCUGGUUUGGCUUCUCAAGUUGUCAAGCAAUUGGUUACCGAUGACAAGUUCUACACCUGGGGUGCUUCCUUGAUUGAAAACUUGUUCAAGUCCAACGCUAUCACCAUCCCACAACUUAUCGAUGCCCUUGCUCAAUCUGGUUUGAUUCCAAGCUUGAUCAAGAACUUCUUGAACCUUGGUACCUUCAAGACCGUCAUUGUUAACGCUUUGGCUGCUGCUACCGGUAACUGUAAGGGUAACACUUUGACCACCGUCAAGCCAUCCACCACCAUCCCAAUUUCUUCUUCCACCCUUCCACCAGCUACUACCAACCCAUCUGGUACCCCAACCUCCAUCUGUAAGAAGAGAAAGAGAAGAUCUUACUAAAUCAGUCAGGGUAACAUCUGAUUUCAUUCUGCCAAAAAUCAGAUCAUUUUGCUCCACUUAUACCUUGAACUCCUCAGUUGUUCACACCUAGUUCGCCGCAGGACGGGUUUAGCGUGCUAGAACAUGAGUUGAGCUCUAUCGUCAUACCUUGUGACAUACUUUUUUGGAGUGUCACUAUUCGUGUUCAAACUUUUCGGUACAAUUACGCAAUAAUUGUUCAUCGGAGCAAGAUGGUCUAUUAUAUAUAUGCUG